UUUAAAUGAUAAGCUUAGAGAUUAAAUGUAACAUGACUUUUUAGGAAUAUGUCUAUUAGGUCCAUUUUAAAAAAAAAAUCACAUAUGAACCAAGGUUAUGACUUCUGUUUUAAUAUAUAAGAUUAUGAUCAUGUAGACAAUCAAAACACCAAUGUUGUCAAGAAGAAGAUCUGUUUUGAGGCAAAACCCUUCCAGGGUUGCCAAAAGAGUUACCCAUUAGACCACCAUAAGAACGACUUUUCCUUAUCUUAGUACACUUAAAGCAAGACAUCAAUUGAUGCAUCGGUCAAAAAAGCCAUGAAAACCGUGCCGCUAAAUGAAGCUCCAUUGAACUCAUUGUAAGCAACUUUGUCUCCUUGAAAUUUAGGCACUAAUGGAGAUGGUCUAAAAGAGCAGCAACUUCGUCAGACAAGGAAUAACUCCUCAUUGAUUUGUAGGAAAAAAGUUGCCAUCAUACAAAUCAAUUUAUAUAUAUAUAUAUAUCCUAUUUAUCCAAUUAUCUCAAAAAAGAAGCUAGCAAACAAAAGCAAUAACAUUAAUACGCAAAUUUAAAUACUACGUUGACAUCAGCAGUUAACAUUAUGAGUUACUUUUUGUGGGUUUAAUAAUAUGAGUUACUUUUUGCAUCCACAGACUCAAACUUUAAUACGCAAACGACUCAAAGAAAUUUUCUAUAUAAACGAGUUAUAUACUACGGUAUUCAAGAACAUCAACCGCAAGAGAAAAAAAACAGUUCUUUAGAAGUCUUAUUACGACAAUGUCUUUUCUUGGUCAUUUACAAGUUCUUGUUUUUCUUUAUGCUCUGCUUCUUUUCUCAGCAGAAUCUCGCAAAACCCAACUAUUUGAUACAGAAUCUAGCGCUGAUGAUGGUGCUGAACACGAAAACUACGGGGAUAAGGUCGAUGCGCGAGAUAUCCCUCUGUUAUAUCUCGAGACGAAGAUUCAAAACGCUCCUGUGGGGUCACCUCAAAGACAAGAAGCUCAGAAGAAUCUGCUUGAGGAAAUAAAUCACAGGAAAAAAAUCGAUCAGAACAUUAUAGAGAUUCUUAGACUUUCACUCAAAAAAACCGAUGUCUUAGAUCUCUUAACUUCCACAAGAACAACAGGACAACCUGUUGUAGAUGAUUGGGACUGCUACAAGACUCUGGUUAAAAGUUUCAAGAAUCAAUGUGGAGCAAAGAUGGAAUACGAUAUGAAGUAUGCAGGAGGACUUGCCAAUAUCUGCAAUAUGGGAGUGGAUGUGAAGAAAAGUGUUGCAGCUAUUGAAGAAGCUUGUGCCCAUUAAAUUAUAUGCAAAAAAUAAUAUUGUGAUCGCCUUAUAAAUAUGAAAGUUAUUGCAUAACAUUUGAUUGUGUGGAGAUGGUUGAUGCCUAUUUUACUUGAUAACGCGAAAGUCUUGGUCUUAAA